AUGAUUUUUUGUGUGCUUCUUUGCACUUUCGUUGAAUUCACUUUAAGCUCAUCAAACACUGAUUAUUUUAAUUUUAACGCUGGUUUUUAUGUUAAUAUUCAGUUCCUGGAGCGAGAUGAAGGGAUUAUCUGGAUAAAAGAAAACAGACUGCCUCUUUUUCUAAGGAGUGAUCUGUAUGCAGAAUACAAACUGGCGCGGUUUUUGUCGAUUGCACAGACGGACUACCUUGUGAAUAUCCUCGUUGAUUGGAUGAGUCUACAAAAAGCUGCAUUCGACAGCCGAUCAUUUCCAGCUUACAGGGUCCGUAGAAAUCAUGGAAGACUCCCAGGUCUGGCCGAAUUUCAGAAACAACUGCAAUCGUUGAAAGAAGAUCAUUGCGAUGAAAGCGUAGCCAAAUCUCAAGAUUCGAGCUGCGAUAACGAGUCCGAUGUAUCUGAUCUUGAAGUUCCAGAGGUUCUUGAAUCCCACGCAAGAAGAUCUACUUACUUUGAGCGUAAAAGCAACGAUGCGAGAGAAUCAGAAAGUCGCUCAGUGUCUCAAUCUUUUCGUCAAACAUCUUUAGUUGAAAGUAAAUCAAAGAACGGUGAAGAUGUUAUCCAGCCAACAGGUGAAAACUCUGGGAUUGUUUGCAAAAACUGCCAGGAUGAAUCAGAACAGGAUGUUUGUGAAAAGGGCGAUGCGGAAGGCUGUAAUCUGGGAAAAUGUGCUCACGUCACAACGGAAUCGGAUAAUGCAUCUUGUGACAAAUCUGACAGUGUUCAUUUUCUAUCAAUGUUGUGUUCAUUAAGAAAAAGUUACACUGAUGUUGCAGGUCAGCCAAAGCUUGCAUUUCUGGAAACUGAUACACAACCGGAAAGUGAUCCACAACCGGAAAGUGAUCCGCACCCGGAAAGUGGUCCACAACCUGAAACUGAUCCACAACCGGAAAGUGAUCUACAACCGGAAAGUACAAACAGAGAUUUGGAUGCGUUUGAGAACGUUAUUGACCAAUCUGCAGAAAUUUAUGGCAAUCCACAGAGUAUAAAAGCCUGUAUAGGAUCGGCUAAUAUAUCUCCUGCUGGUUCAGCAUUUGAUAAUAAGUCACUAGCUGAUGCUGGCCCAUUGAUUGGACCAAUGGGUACAGAGCAUAGAAAUUUAAACGUCAAAGUUUCCGAAGCUACCAUUGAAACUCGAAAUGUAACAUUGGAAUCUCUCGGUGGAACAGAUUAUGCUGAAUUGCAUGACAAUAAUUUUGAACAUAUUGAUAUAAAAACCCGUAACGGUUCUUCUGAAAAAAAUCAAGUAGAAUCCCAUACUGCUAAAACUAUACUGGAAAAACGAUAUUCUUUGCCAUUCUGUGAAACAAGUAACUUACGCGAGCUUAAAGGAGAGCUUCCAAAGUAUGGAUUUGAAAAUUCACGGCGCCAGUCCUUGCCCUUUGCUUCGUUUUUGCCAUUUUUUCGAAAGCAGUCGAUAAAUUCUAUUUCAUCAAACGAGUCAAAUAUGCGAUGCUUCAGCAGUUUUCUUGUGCAAAAUUCAUUCGAACUGUUAGAUAAAGACACCCAGGAUACCUUGAGGUCGUUUUACGAAGAUUCAGAUUCUGACGAUGGUGAUGAUCAUUGCGCACAAACUGAGAGUAAAAAAAGGAAGCCAAUCGAUAUUGCAACAAAACUUGGCAUGGAUGCUUUCAAGUUUUUUCUGGCUAAUACACAUGGCGAGAAAUUGUUUAUGCUGUGGAUAGAAAUUGAAAAGCUUAAAUGUUGUGGUGAUGCCACCGAGCAACACAGCAUGCUGCAAGAAAUCAGACAGCGUUUUUUCAGAAGUGGGUCUGCACAUGAAAUUACCAAUGCAACUUUGAACUCAUGGAACAUAACCAAAAUCAGCGAUAUUGAUCGCACUAAACUAUUCAGCAUACAGGCUAUGGUUCUGACACCUCUCAAGUCCUACUGGUGUGCAAGAUUUACACUCCAUCAGAAGCACAAGCAGCAUUCGCAUGAAACUGAAUUUAUUUCCGAAGAUCACAACUGUAUGAAGACUAAAUGUAAGACACAUAACAAAGAAAUGACGGAUGUACCUCAGCGGCCAAACACCUGCUUCCCAAACAUGAGAACAAGGAAAGAAGUGCAAGAUACGGGCACGAGUAGCAAAUCCAUGUAUAUCGAAGCUAAUCACAACGUCACAACUGAUUCAAGUUCUCACAACAAAAGAACGCGAAGCAAAUCAGCGUACUCCCGGCUUGUUACAACUCCUAACCCCAAAGAUGUCAACCUCAGCCAAAAGCAAUUACAGAUGGUAACAACCAUGGACGAGAGCUGUGGCUUCCGUUAUAGUCCUUACAGCUCCUUCAAGAACGAUGCUUCCAGUUCCAACGACAAGGCCUAUAUUCGUCUCUAUAUCCAGCCAAUGCCGCCAGCCAAUUGCAGAGCCACAACAGUCGUAAGAUCAUGCAGAAAACUCCAAAAUGAUGGAGGAAAUGGAAAUUUGCUUACGGAUUCCUUAGUGGAUUGCUUGUUGCAUGAAAAGCAUAGUGGCAGCUAUUUUUUCAGACAGUUGCUAAACCAAGAUGACGAGCAUGCCUUGAACUGUUACAACUUCUGGAAAGCAAUUCAAGAUUACACUGAGCAUUUCUUUUCGGAGAGCUUCAGUGCCACGUUGAUAAAACAAAAAGCCGGGUUUAUAUUCAAUACAUACAUUAUUGAUGGCGGUGAAAAGAGUAUUCGAUGUGCUCCAGAAAUUCGAAAAGAAAUUUAUGAUGCUUUAGAUCCACCAUAUGAAGAUUUAUUCGACCAAGCAGAGCAAUACGCACUUGAAGUCCUUUCGCACGCAUACAAAAACAUUUUUUCUCAUGAAAGCGACAAAUACGAACAGGUAAAGAAGAUUGAGAAGCUCAAGCAUCUUGACAUCCGGUCAAAAUUGAAAAGACCGAAGCACCGGCCCUAUGAAAAGAUGAAGACCAAAGACGCAGAGGAGGAAGAUAGUCUUGAGAAGAUUUCAGUUGAUGAGGUCAAUGUACCACUGCCAAUUCCACUGGACGGCAUUACGUUUGAAUCCUUUGUGCGUAAUCGAAACGACCUAGAGAGUUUCAAAGAAUUCCUUGAACACGUUCAUAGCAAGGGUUUAAAAGAUUUAUUAGCGUGGAUGGAAAUGGAAAACUUUCGAAGGAGCUCCCGUCGAAAUAGCCAACGAGACAACUAUGCACGGUCGGUCAAUUCAAAAUGGUUAACAAACGACUACUUUUUUGGCCCAAACAGUCCUGCCACGAAAGAAGCACAGCAAGAGGUACAAAAGUUGGCUGGUGAAAAGGAGAUUCCAAAUCGACCACCAUCGCCAAUGAUUUUGGAAGCACAAAAAUACGUCAAAGCAAGAAUAGAGAGAAGGUGGUUCGUUCUGUUUAAGGAGUCUUCAAAUUUUCAAAGUAAACACAAAGAAAACAACAUUACCGAGAUGGUAGAAGAUUUAAUCAUGAAAAGGAGGAUGCAGCGGAGCGAGGCCGCAUGGAAGAUUUUGAACAGUCGGUGGAUUUCGGGGUCAAGAGAUGUCAUUGCGCUGCGUCAGCUUCUGAUGGAUCCAAUCAAAUGUCAGCAGUUUCGACAAUUUCUUUCUUUAAAAGGUGACCUGAUGGAACACAACGUUUAUUUUUGGUUGGAAGUUCAAAAAUAUAAGGAGCUGUGUCAUCGUCACGUAGAAGAUGCUAUUAUCAAGAGUAAAGUUCAGGCGGUGGUUGAUGUGUUUAUUAAGUCGGCUGUUCCACCAGAGCUGCAGAUUGAUGUGCCAAUCGAAAUUGCAGAACGGUUGCACGAAAAGACAAAUUCCAAGACUCAACAGUAUGGACCUUAUUUAUUUAGAGAAGCCCAGACCACAGUCUUUCGUAUCAUGUUCAAUCAUUGGAAAGAAUAUGUCUCUUUUCGUGCCUCAAUGGAGGAGCACAGGUUUGCACAGCAUCUCGAAGAGCUCGUAAAGAAGCGCAAAGCAGAACUGAGGGCAAAACGGAUGAAUUCGGAGCGGAGAAGGCUGGUCAGGGCGGCCUUUGAAAAAAAGAAAAGGGAGCGAGAAGAUAAUGACAAGUUUAAAGGAAAAGAACAUACCAAAGUUGAUUUCUCAAGUUAUCAAGGUCAUGAGAAAGCAUUGUCCCUAAUCAGCGAAGAUGAAGAGGCAAUCAUGCAAGUGACGUCAUUUUCCUACUCAAAGUUCACGGCGGAGGAGCAGCUGUCUGACUAUGAACAGCGCAUGCGCGAAGAGGGUUGUACCCUUGACGAGUAUACUGAGGGGGACUUCACAAGUCACUUGAACAGUGAAAGGAAGUGUUACAGACGAACUUCGGGGCUUGCGAGUGAUGAAGGAAGAAGUGUUUCAGGGAUAAGUGUCAGAGUAGGAAGGAAAAAAAGUGGAGGCUUUUCCAGAAUCAAUGUCAAAAAUUCUGUUGUGAAAGAAACCAUUUACGAAUCUAUCAAUGAUUCAUCAAAACGGAAAACUUGCCGUGAUGUUGUUAAAGGAAAGUGUUCUACUAACAGUAUAAAGUCAUUUUCCUCGAGAGCAAAAAGCAAGAGCCCCUUCAAAAAAGAGACUCCUUUAUGUGGUUCAAAUAUUGAUGCGCAGGAAGGGACACUUGCAGCAGGAAAAAAUGCUAAGACCAAUGAACAGUCUUGGUACAGUGAAGGAAUUUCAGUCGCUUCAAAAAUAAAUAAAUCCCGCUUUGGGCAAAGCUUGAUGCCGGGGCCUCGACGUACAGGGGCAUCACUCACGAUGAAAUGCUUAAGAGAAUUCGAUAAAUCGUCUGAUGGAAGGCCCAUUAAAGCCGGCUUGCCCCUUAUUCAUAUCAAUGGAAUCGACAAAGCAACUCGAGAAAAGGGAAAUACCCACCAUAUUCAGGAGCAAAGGAGGCCAUCCAGUGCCAUGGUUCAUCUUAAUUCGGAAAGGUCUUUUCCAGUGCAAGGAAAAAACAAGGCAGGAAGAGAGAGGGCUGCUAAUGACAUUGUCACCAAGAUAAUUGUCACUUAAGUAGUAGUACUCAGUUAUAUUCUGUCAAACUAAUAUUAAUAUAUUUUCUCUUCUCGAACAACAUUACAACAUUGCGAAGAAAAUCACAAGAUGUUUUUGUUUGUUAUUGUAUAUUGUAUAUGGGUAAUUAGAUGACGCAAAGUCAAAUAUUUUUCUUUUUAUAACUAUGUAAUAUAUAAGAGAGUGGCUGUUGUAUGUGAUUUUCAUUCGUGCUUUUUCCUUACUUGGCAUUUACAUUAGAAGAGUUAAUCGGCAACCUGACCUAGAUUCGUAGAUAUAACGUUAUUUAUUCCCGAUGCUCCUCCUCCCUAUGAUCGUAUUCCCUAUGAUCCCUGUGACAAAGAUCUUUUCUAUUGUACAAAUAAACACUAUUUACAAAACUUUAAUAACAACGAUCGCCAAUUGACAUCAUUAUAAAGCCCAAUCUCCAGUGAGAAAAAGUCUUACGAAAUUUCGCUGCGAAAUACUUCACGCGACAAAUUCCUUUGAAUGCUUUUGUUGACCUUACGACAUUGGAAUGUAAAGUUUGGAAGCGUGACAAAGGGAUACGGAAUGUGAUUGGCUGCUGAAGGAUUUCGCAAGCGAAAAGCGAAAAAAUUUAAACUCAUUUUAACUUUUUUUCGCAGAGAAAUUCUUCGCGAGAAAUCCAAGCGAAAGAUCACUGCGCAUGCCUAAGACGUAUUUAACGCGAACUUUUUCGCAUUUCGCUGAUUUUUUUCUCACUGGGGAUUGGGCUUAGCGCUAAAGAUCCUUUGCAAAAACGAGCAUCUUGCAUACUUAUCUGCAGCGAUUGCUACUUACUAAUUUUGAAUCAGUGACUGCAAAUCGGUGAUUUCUUAUCAGAGAUUGCUCAUCAGUGAUUCCUAAUCAAUGAUUAUUAAGAUUGCACUAAAAAUUAAUGAUUCAUAAUCAGUGAUUGGUAAUCGAUCACUAAUCUUCAAUUGCUAAUCAGUGAUUGCUAAUCAGUAAUGGCUAAGCAGUGAUUACUAAUCAGUGAUUAUGAAGUCUGCACUAAAAAUCAAUGAUUCAUGAUCAGUGAUUGGUAAUCGAUCACUAAUCUUCAAUUGCUUAUCAGUUAUUGCUAAUCAGUAAUUGCUAAGCGAUGAUUACUAAUCAGUGAUUAUUAACCUUUCAUUAAAAAUCAAAAUGAUUCAUAAUCAGUGAUUGGUAAUCGAUCACUAAUCACCAAUUGCUAAUCAGUUUUUGCUAAACAGACCAAUUCUGCAUGUAAUGACCAAAUCCUGCCACUUCAGCGAAUACUACAAGCAUUUUGUUACUUUUGUUUCGAUAAAAUAAUGACGCUUUCCGAGCCAUUAAUUACCUGAUUUUUACCAGACCUCUGGCAAUUUAAUAAGUUUUUUAUGCAUUUCAGUUUCAAUCUUUUCUGCAGUCUUGGCAUCAAAAAGGAAAGCAGUUCUUUACCUCGAGUCUGCAAAAGUUCAUUGUCGACACCACUCCUUUCUAUCGGAAAUUUAUAUUUCAAGUUAUCAUGGUUUUGAGACACAAAACAUUGUCCAAUCAUGAUAUCUACAUGUCACUUGAUUCAUUUGUUCUAUAAACCAAACAGCGUGUACAGCUUUCCCUAUUCGACAUCGAGAACUUUAUGACAGCGCGGUAAACAGUAAUUUUCAUGGGAUUGAAUCGAAAUAAAUAUUCUAGUUUUCUUUGUGUUAGUUCACUAUGGUUUCCAUACGGUCGUGAUAAUACUGAUAUUUUGUCUACAUUUACUGGGAAGAUAUUCAGCAAGAGGAAUUUCUCAUUUUGAAAGGCUUUCCAUAACCUUGAUCGCUUUUUAUAUAAUUUUUGAUUUUCUUGCUUUGAUCAAAAUCGUCCCUAAAGAAACGCAUCUAGAAAUGUUGAUUGAAAGUCAAAAUUCCAAUGCCGUUUUGAACUGUCAAAGCUGAAAUUAAACCCUUAACGCGUAUUUUUCGUUUAUAUUUGUUUUUUUCAUUUUUGCAACGUGCUUUCUUCCGAAAUGAUUUCUCUAAUUAAACGACGUUUUGUGCUGAAAGGCAAACAAAGCUGAAUAUUAAUUAUAUAAACGGGAGUUAUCGCCUGAAAUAUUGACUUAGACGACUAAGUUCCUUUCGCAAAAUUUUCCGCUUUAAAACAUCCCACUUGCUGUGAUAACUAAGGAAACGCUGCAUUUUGGGAAGUUUUUUUCAAGUUUCCAUAACAUCAAAGCCGUUGAACAAACAGACACUAUAGGCCUGAAUUAAAGUAGAGGAUUGUGGCAAGUCUCACUGCAUUAUGCGCUAUACGCCUUUUAAAUGAUUUACUUUAAAAAUUUAUUGCUAAAUCCCAAUUCAGGUACAAGAAAAGAAGCUUACCUACUGUUCGCACAACAAUAAUCGAGUUCUCGCACAACAAUAAUCGAGUUCUCGUUAGACAGCCAAUAGGCUUUUUGCAGCCGAUCCUUAGAAUGAGCAGUAUGAUAUACGGAAUUUGAUAUCGCUUUGAAACUGGGUUAUGCUCAACUUGAAUUUGGUCAUCCUGAAAAUGCAUUAUGACAGUUUUAUAUAAUUAGGCUAUAAAAGUUUUCAUUUGUCUCUAGACCUUUAAAAAAAAAUUCAACCGCCAUAAAACAAGCGAAAAGUGGUUUAAACAAUCUGGCUCAAUCUACAAGAGUUGUAGGUUAUCGCCAAGUGAAACAUUUGUCAAAAAGACACUUAAUUAAAAAUUGCACGAAGUAAAAACCUUUUCAAUGGAAGAUAGUCUAACACGAUUGAUCCUUAUCUUUACUCGUAUUCUCUCAUCUUGACACCAUGUAAACGCUAACUUAUUUUCUCAGACUCUUGACUGCUCGACAAUAGCCAGGCUUUUUGCUUGUUGUAGAAGCUAUUGAUUUAGCUUUGGACCUUAAUAUCAAGAGUUACACUAUGCCAGAUUGCUAUCGGAGCAAAGUAGCUUUCACUCUGGAGUGAUAAAUGAGAUAGCAUUACGAUGUUCCGCUUGCUCGCAGGCAUGCAUUCCUCUGCACUUCUGGUUCAGAAUCGGUGUGCGUUUGCAAUCUUACGCCUUAAGUCCACUAGAUAUAAUUAUUUUAUGACCUUGUCAAACUCUGUGUUUUUAAUAGAUUCUUUGCCAAUAAAUGCUGCAUAAAAAAGAGAAAAAAGACAAGAAAUGGAGCCACAAAAAAUUAUCACGAUUUUCCAUUAGCAUUUUCCAACAACAAGCCCAAAAUCUUUGUUAUUCACAGAUGAUGGAAUUGCGUAAAAGCUGAAGAUGCUAGAUGAGAAAAUGCUAGGUAUCGGGACAGGGAAAACACUCUGAUGUGGAGUGAGUACGAAAUGAUUUUCAUUUCACCUUCAGAGCAGAGCACUCCGCUAAUCAGAGCGUUGUGUACCAUGUUGGUGCGGCAACUAAAAUCCCUGUCUGGUUUGAAAACUGCUUCGCUUCGAUAGCAAUUCAGUAUAGUGUAUCCGGGAUCUGAAUUCUGGGA